AUGGCGGGUGAUGACGAUGGACAUGAAAUCCCAGCUCCAGGGGGUGGGAUCAGGGCAGGGGAGAAUGGAAACGAGAAAAAGGAAAGAAAAAGGGGUGAACGGUCAGCUCUUUUCUUCAAGAGCUUCUUUGAGACUCUAGUGUCUGAACACAGUGCAUACAAGGCAUCCACUAUGGUCUUUGAUCAACCCGGACAGGCGAUAGUCCAAUCAAGCAAGGCUCAUCCUGACCAGGUUCCUGUAGGGCCGGUACAUCGAAAAGGUGGGGAAAGAAUGCGCACAGGACGUUCAGACGUCGAGCGAUCAAGGAAAAGUCAACCUGAACUCGUGUUGAUGAUUGGCGAGGCGUUUCCACGUGUUUUGAGCCCCGGCGAGUGGAUGUGGAAGUGGAAACUGAAGGCCGCCUCGACAUCGAGUCACUCUCUGCAUGCAGCUGCUGUGGCUUGCCCUCAAUCAUUCCCAGUUCCCUCUCUGACUUACUUUACACCUGUUUUGUGUGCACUGGAUGUCGGUGACGUAAUGGGAUAUCUGAUCACCUUCAACAGCAGUAUACUGCUAUCCCCUCAUUAUCCAGGUAUCUCAUUUUCAUGA